CAGGAGCUCCAAAGACCCUCUGUCAAAGAAGAAUGACUACAACCCCCAGAAUUCAACAGUCUUCUCCAAGAGGAAGACUGGUUUGAGGAUGCGUAGUAAGGGUGACUGGCCCGGAAGCGCGAAGGCGGCAAUCCGCCGAGCUGCGGCGUGCGCGGGCUCCCUCCUCAGUGGGCGGAUUUGUGUUGGUUCCACCGCGUGCUACCCUCUUUGGCGUCGGGAGCCGAGUCCUAGAGGGGGACAACAUGCCAACUGCCAAGCAACUAGCUGACAUUGGCUACAAGACCUUCUCUACCUCCAUGAUGCUCCUCACUGUGUACGGGGGCUACCUGUGCAGUGUCCGCGCCUACCGCUAUUUCCAGCGGCGCAGCUCCCAGCGCCAGGCUGCGGAAGAACAGAAGACCUCAGGAGUCCUGUAGAACUGGGGGUUUUUCUCCUUGAGCAGAGAGGCCUGAGGCUUGCUGUGGACUGAUCUCACCUGCAGUCACUUCCAAGUUGAGAGAACUAGGGCCUUGAUGGUUUUCAAAUCCUGCUAAGAAAAAGUGCCCCUGUUUUCUCUGGUACUGCCAGUUCGGGGAGGCUGUGGAAUCCCAGCAGGGAUGGGAGGAUGAGGCACACCUGCGGACAUUAAAUAUUUUGCCAUGUC